UUAUACAGCAGACUUUCAGCAGUGGGCGAAAACUGUGCUAAUGAAUGUUCUGAGCACAGUGCGGCGAGGACGAGUCCAGUGACUACACCCCUGAUAUGAUGAGCCAUGCUGAUUGGGAAGGAGUGGGGCUGAGGUCAUGUUUGCUGCUCAGAUUGUACAUCAAGGCUGGAAAAGUAGCGCACACACACACAACUGAUGGAAGAAAGCCACAUGAAACUUGACUUUAACGGCUGCUUAAAGGAGACAAAAAUCCACAUCUGUACAACUGGAAGUUACUGAGGCACUGGUGAGCAGGAUACCUUUAAAAGUUUGGUGUAAAUCAAGGGGAUUCAUUGUAAAAGCCGGGGAUAUUUGAAGAGAAGGCAACAGCUAUUCUGCAUGUGCAACUCCUGGGCAAACCAAGAAUACGUAUCAUGGCUGCAAAGCAGGAGAACAAAUCGAAGAAAUGGGCCCUUGUGAAAGAGAAGGUCACUAGCCCAGACACAGACAAUACUGAGGCCAACUUGGAAAAUGCUGAGCCCGAACUCUGUAUACGCUGGCUGCAGAUCCCGACUGUUGUGAACUACUCAGGCCUGAAGAAGCGACUAGAAAAUAGCAGCAAUGACUGGAUGGUCCAGUUCCUGGAACUUGGUGGGCUUGAUUUACUACUGGAGGCCCUGGACAGAUUGUCCGGGAGAGGGGUGGCAAAGAUCACCGAUGCACUCCUGCAGCUCACCUGUGUGAAAUGUGUGCGGGCUGUGAUGAACUCUUCAAAGGGCAUCGACUACAUCAUAAAUAACGAAGGCUACAUUCGGAAACUUUCUCAAGCAUUGGAUACAGCUAACAUCACCGUAAAGAAACAAGUCUUUGAGUUAUUAGCUGCACUGUGUAUUUACUCCCUGGAGGGUCAUGAUCUGGCUUUGGACGCACUGGAAAACUACAAGACUGUGAAAAGGCAACAAUACCGAUUUAGUGUAAUCAUGAAUGAACUCCAGGCUACAGAUAAUGUUCCAUAUAUGACUAUGUUGCUGAGUGUCAUCAACGCUAUCAUUUUGGGAAGUGAGGAACUGAUACCUCGUACUCAUCUGCGGAAUGAAUUCAUAGGUCUCCAUCUGUUGGAUAUACUGCCAUCAUUAAGGGAAAAAGAUGAUGAAGAUUUAUUAGUCCAAUGUUUAACCUUUGAGGACGCUAAAGGAGAUGAUGAUGAAGAGUUAAUGAAACUCUAUGGUGGCAUUGAUAUGAAUAGCCAUCAAGAGGUCUUUACAACAUUGUUUAACAAAGUGAGUGGUUUGCCAGUCUCCUCUCAUCUGCUGUCCAUUCUCCAAGGUCUCCUGCAACUGGACCCAUCAAACAGCAGUGGUCCCCUGAUCUGGGAGGCACUGGAGGUUUUGGUGAAUAGAGCAGUCCUAGCUGCUGAUGACGCAAAUGAAGAUGAAGACAUUGGUGCAGUCAUGGAAAGGCUUGUAUUAGUUAAGAAGUUUAAAAAGGAUAAGCCGGUGAAGAAAAAUGCAAGUAAAAGGACAGUUGAUAAAGCUGUACAAACAGAAUUAUCAAUGCCUAUCACAGCAGCAGAGCUAAAACAGAAGUCUGGCUCGUUGAGGCCACUGUCAGCUGGUGAGGUGUUCCCUCUUGCAUCUGCUCCUCUUCCAAUCCCAAAAGUGGCUGAUGCCACAAUGACAUCUCCACCCAGUAUUCUGCCCAGUGCCUGUGUACCACCUCCCCCACCUCUCCCCGGGGCUGGUGAAACACCCGCUCCUCUCCCCGGAGCCGGUGGAAUUCCCCCUCCACCCCCUUCUCUGCCUAGUGGAGUGCCCCCGCCUCCCCCUCCUCUACCUGGGGCUACUGGAGUGCCUCCGCCUCCCCCCCCUCUCCCCGGUUCUAUGCCCCCGCCUCCCCCUCCUCUCCCUGGGGCUACUGGAGUGCCUCCGCCUCCCCCUCCUCUCCCCGGUUCUAUACCCCCGCCUCCCCCUCCUCUCCCUGGGGCUACUGGAGUGCCUCCUCCUCCCCCGCCUCCCCCUCCUCUCCCUGGUUCUAUGGCCCCGCCUCCCCCUCCACCACCACCUCUCCCCGGUGGAAUCCCACCACCACCACCGCCCCCAGGGCUUUUCAACAACGAGGCACCCAUUGUGGCUUCCCAAACUGCUAAUCAACUGCAUUCCUGUGCUCCACAUCACCGACGUACUCAUCAACCGAAAUUGCAGAUGAAGAAACUGAACUGGCAGAAAAUCCCCUCACGAAAUACCACAGAGACUAAUUCUUUAUGGUCAUCCAUCCACCAAACUGAUGACCCAUCUUUGAAUCCUAAUUAUACCAGUAUUGAACAACUCUUCUGCUUUCCUGUGUCAGAUCCAAAAAAGAAUGAGGAGAAAGUUAGAAAAAAGGAACCUAAGGAGAUCACAUUCCUAGACUCGAGGAAAAGCCUUAAUCUGAACAUAUUCUUAAAGCAAUUCAGAUGUUCUAAUGAAGAAGUGGCCGGCAUGAUCAAAAUUGGGGACCGAUCCAAAUUUGAUAUGGAGUCUUUGAAGCAAUUCCAGAAACUACUGCCAGAGAAUCAUGAGGUAGAAAAUAUAAAGGCCUAUGAAGGAGAAAAGGAAAAAUUAGCGAGUGCUGAUCAAUUCUAUCUUGUGCUCCUUGGUAUUCCAUGCUACCAGCUCAGGAUUAACUGCAUGUUUCUAUGUGAAGAGGCCACUGUCACCCUGCAAACGCUCUGUCCGAGAGCAGAAAUAAUUAAAACUGCUUGUCAAGACACACUUUCUGCUCCAAGACUGCCCCUCUUCUGUGAACUGAUUCUUAAAGUUGGAAACUUUCUUAACUAUGGCAGUCACAUGGGCGAUGCCAUGGGUUUCAAAAUAAAUACCCUACUCAGACUUACUGAGACAAAAGCCAACCAGUCACGUAUCACAUUGUUGCAUCACAUUAUAGAGGAAGUUGAAAAGUUCCAUCCAGAUCUUCUGAAUCUUCCAGAUGACUUGGAAAGUAUUUCAAAAGCAGGAGGCCUUAGCGUGGACUCGCUUCAGGCUGAUACAAUUAAUCUUUUGGAACGUCUCAAGAAGACUGGUGAUAUCGUCAAAUCAUCGAUGGACGAUGUAAAAAUGCUGUUUGACAAGCCCAUCCAAGAACAUCUAUCUGCAACAACUGAACUGAAGCAACAUUUGGAAGAGAUUGAGACCGAGAGAAUGAAACUGGCUAAGUUCUUCUGUGAUGACAUUGGAAAAUUUUCACUGGAAGAGCUUUUCCUAACCAUCAAAACCUUCAGAGGUUGUUUCCUGAAUGCAAUGAAGGAAAAUAAGCUUAGAAAAGAACAGAUUGCAAAAACAGAGAAGCGGAAACAAAAGCUUCAGGAAGAGGAAGCUAAAAGGCAAAAGGGAGAAAAUGGACAAGUUGUUCAUAAGUCACCCAUAAAGCAAGAGGAAGAAUGUAUUAUUGAUGUUCUUCUGUCCGACAUAAGGAAAGGUUUUAAAUUGAAGAAAGCAACGAGGAACCAACGUGAAAACCUGUCUGCUCCGAAACAUUCUCUUAAAGAAGCUACUACUGAAAAAUGUUGGAGAACUAUAUCACUAGAUGCUUCUCCAGAAGUCAAAGAAAGCACAACAGUUUCUCAAAGCACAGCUACAUCAGAAAUUGCAGAUGACACUUCUAUUCCCAUGAUGACGUCAGCCACCCAACAACCACCUGCAGAGCAGAAACUUGAUCGAGACGAAAUAGUGAUGAACACUGAGUUCCAGGCAGCUAACCACCAAUCUAGCCCUGAAAUAAAUGCAUCAGAAACUAACUCGGGACGUGAGGAAGUGAAUGACAAGAAACCCGAUCCACUCGCAACCGAGGAAAAUAAAGAAAUUGUUUGCCAAGAUAACCCAAAAUCUAGUGGUGAAUUUUUAUUUGCAAAUGAAUGUGAACAGUUAAGACAAUGUAAUGAUGAAGCCUGUGUGGACAUUGUGGGCAAAGAGAAAGAAAUACUUUCUCUUCCUAGUAAUGCAGAUGGGAAUUUAGUGCAAGUUGAUAAUGAAAUAAAUUCCCAAAAUAAAGAUAGCUCUGAGCACAUUGACCCUAUGUGUGAUAUGCCUGACUCAAAAACAAACAUGGUCACUGAAAUGAAAAUAUCACAAAGAGUGGAACAGACUAUUCCUGACACAAAUGUCACAUGUCCUAAUGAAAGGCAUAGUCAACCUGGCGAUGUGUCACCUACAAGAACCACUUCACCCACGUCUUCCCUCAAACUUUCUGGGUGGAAAUCAAAACACGGGAAAAGUAAGAAAACCAAAGAUGGCGGCUCCAAAAAUAAAACCAAUCAGCCCGAAAAAAAAUGUUCAUUGAACUGAGAAGAGGAGUGGAAGAAGAUAUAAAAAGAAUACGUUGGAAGCAUCCAAAUCAAGAGUUGUCACUAACUCUAAAAAGUGUUUUCUUGAACAAAAAUAAUGGCAUAGUUUAGCUGAACUAUUUUACGUCUUCCAAGAUUCUCGCAAAUAUGUAAUAUUGUCGAAUGUGCAUUAUAUUUAACAGAAUGCAUGGCUGAGUUAUCAAAAUAUUUUUUGCAAAAAUUGAAACUUUUAAAUAUUUGAACGGAGAAAACAUCAAUCUGCUUAUUUUGCUCAUACUGCCAUUUCAAACUCUAUUAGUAUCAAGGAAUUAAAGAAUAUAUAAUCAAAUUACAACACUUCAUUGUGGAUACUUGAAUCACAGUGACAGUCAUCUCUUCCCCUUGCUUAAUACUGCAAGAUCUGGAAUUGUGGUCUAACCUAACACUGGAUCUAACAGUAUGAGGUUCACUGGAAGCUAGCUCUCUCUAGUUUCAUUGCAUAGGCCUUGAUGAGCGACUUGAAUUCUAGAAAUGUAGCAUUAGUGUAAAGUCAAAUGCUGUUCAUUCUAGGUUAUUGUUUGUCACAUGAAAACAGCAUGAAAGAGAAAGAUAUAAGUACUUUUUGGCCUUUUGCAAUCUUGCACAUAGCAUACGGUACAAGAAUAUUACCAGGAAUUUUCAGUGCUAUGUUAAAACAUGAUAUGUAUCCUCAAUGUUGCUUCUUACUUUAUAAGGUGAACAUUUACAAAAAUAAUGCCAAUCUGCUCAUCUAGCUCGACUAAACUAGGUAAAAUAUGCUGCGGGUCUUAAUUUGUAACUUUUUAAUGAAGAAUUGUAUAACCUAAUGUUUUAUUGUCAAUCUUAUUUACAGUAUAUUAGUGUUACAUUGUUAUAUCAAAUUUGGAUUUUUCUAUUUUUUUUUAACAAUAAGUUUUAUAUUUACUUUAUUUUAAUGGUAUAUUUUUGUCAGAGUUUUUCCAAUAUGCCUCAAAUACAGCAGUCCUGCUUAGCUUCAUAGCGAUAAACUGUUACAGGGCACUGCGCUCAGUUUGACACUGCAACCUGCAACACAGUAGCUGGCUGCAGAUUGGAUUGUUUCAGGAGAAAGCUAAAUAAUAAAGAAAAUAUUCUUAAAUGUUUAUCAUGUAUUUUACACAUCUAUGAGAUUACCUCUCAGCCACCUGCACUUCAAGGAAUAAAGUCCUAUUCUCUCCCUGUAGCCCAACCCCUCAAGUCCUGGCAACAUCCUCAUGAAACUUCUCUGCACACUUUCCACCUUAAUGACAUCCUUCCUAUAGCAGGGAGAACAAAACUGAACACAGUACCCCAAGUGUGGCCUCACCAAAGUUUUGUACAAUUGUAACAUCACAUCGAAAUUUCCAUACUCAUUACCGACUGAUGAAGGCCAAUGUACCAACAGCCUUUUUUGUUUAUUUUAUUGAAGGAAAGAUACAAUACAGCUGACGUAAUGUAUUAUAUUUCCUUCCAUUUUUGAUUUUUAUAUAUAACACCAAAGUUACCCUCACCCACCCUCCCUGAACACCCCUUGGCAGUUGAUGUGUUCACAAUACAACAUAUCACAAAUACAGAUGCACAUUUUGACAGCAAUACCUCUACAUUCUUCCAAGGCGCAAGCCCAUACAUACCCACAACAUGUCAGAUGGUUCAGAAUGUUAAACUGAACUUAGUCAAAGCUGAAUUACAGAAUCUAUUAUAUUCCAGCCUUGGGUCUCUGACUAUAAACAGCCAUAAACCCUUAUCCUUAUGUCACACCCGCUCAGGAAUGUGCCAUAAGGAAAGAGCAAAUGGGCUAAGACCAAAUGGCCUGAGACCUAAGAAGAGGCCCUAUUUAACAAACUACUCUCUGAACACAAGAUUAUACCAAAUACAACUUCUUAAAGCGUUAUAAUUGCCUCAAAACAAUAAACAAAGCUAUGCAUGUUCA